AUGAAGAAAGACUUGCUCGAGCAAUUUGAUGGUUUGGUACAGAAGGAAGAUGUAGAUUUGAAGUACAAAUUGAGGCUUCUCAUUGUCCUCGAGUAUGCGGUGUUGUCUAACGAGUGCCGGACUCUUGUGGAUGAAAGAUGGUUUCAUCUCGUUGAAGAUUUGGAACAAUUUAAUAGCUAUCCUUGGGGGAACUUGUCGUACGAGUACACCGUUUGGGCAUUUGAGGCACUGCCUGAGCUUGGAAGAAAAUUUGCUCAAACUUAUGGUAGUGGCAGACUUCCGAGAAUGAUGUCUUGGAAAAACAUACUAAUUUGCUCGCUUCGCCACUGUUUACUCAUUUUCCAAGACAUCAUUCUCGGAAUUGUGGAGGCCAAUUUUGAUAAACAUGUUUUUCCUGUGGGGAAAAAUGUCGAGGACCUGAAUGUUGAAGAAUCGGAAGGUUGCCGAUUAUUGCCGGGCCCGCCUGCAUCAGUCGGAGGAUGUCAUGGUGGGGACAUUGAUUGUGCCGACAAUAAGUUUCCGCCAGUUGCGCCCAACUCUGUGGCGUCCACAGCUGUGGUUGCUUUGAUCUGCUCGACUCACAUCAUUGUCGCCAACUGCGGUGAUUCGAGGGCUGUUCUGUGUCGGGCAAAAGUGCCGAUGCCCUUGUCUGUGGACCACAGACCGAAUAGCAAAGCCGAAUGUGCGAGAAUAGAGGCCGCGGGAGGCAAAGUCGUCUACUGGAAUGGGUACCGAGUCUCGGGUUUCCUGGCCGUUUCGAGGUCCAUUGACCCGGAAGUUAUGUUUGUUCAUCGUGCAAAAGAAGAUGACUGUUUAAUUCUGGCCAGUGAUGGGCUGUGGGAUGUGAUAACGAAUGAGGAGGCUUGUGACUUGGCCCGAAAGAGGAUUCUGCUAUGGCACAAGAAUAAUGCAGGCCAGGAUUGUUCAAGAGAAAGAAGGCCCGCGAUUGACCCGGCAGCUCAGGAUGCUGCUGAUUAUCUCUCGCGGCUCGCGAUCCGUAAAGGGAGCAGAGAUAAUAUCCCAGUCAUAGUUAACGACCUCAGAGCUCGGAGGAAGCUGAAAAGGAAGGGUUUAGAAAGAAAGUUGUAA